AUGGCUUUUAAAUCCCAACUUGGCAUUCCCCUCAUCAUCUUUGCCUUUGUUGUACCGACCAUGGCGCACCCAACUGAUGGUGCGGGGGUUGCCCCCUUGACAGGCCUCAAGCAGCCUGGCAUCAUAGGUGAAGGGCAGUUCCUCAGUGCAGUGUCCGAUGACAGGGACAGCAAAUGGGCAGAGAGGCCAAAGCGGCGUUUCCCAUACGUUGCCACCAUUACCAACACAAAUGGGUCAGGGGAUUGUGCCGGAAGUUUCUUUGAAAACCGGUCUGUGGUGACAACGGCCAGUUGCCUUCAAGCUGUGGGAUCCACGCCUGUGGUUCACCUCAUCAUGGAGGGCGAAGGCAGUGGCAAUAGAGCAAUUUCUGAUGGGCAGGGACUGAAAGUUGCAGACAUCGCAACACACCCCAGAUGGAGGGGGAGCAUUGAUGCUGGAUUUGACGUUGCGGUGCUGACUCUGCCAGAAGAGAUCAACAUCGAGCUGCCGGUGCUUGCUUGUGACACAUCCAAGAACGAUGACCAGCCUAUGCUUGUUGGGCUCUCCCCCACGGCGACGGCGGUCGAGACUUCGCCACUUCUCACUGUGACAGACGGUGAUUUCUGCAGCAGUGCUGGCGGCAUGUCUUUUUUUAUGCAUCCGGGAGGGAAAAGCGCAACCCCAGGCUCGCCCAUCAUCGCUCCGGACGUGCCGCCACGUGUCGGCCAGCACCCCAUGGGCAGCGUUGAGACAGGGUGGCCCAGGCUGGAUGCUAUCACAGAGGUGUGCUCUUGGGCCAACGUGUCCACUGAGAGCGGCACUGCAGUCAGGUGCACCAACAUCGCUGACAUCUGCGACUGGCUCAAGGAGCAAGUGCCAUGA